UUCUUUGCUCUGUCUAGUCCUUGAGUCUUCUGAGCCAGGUUGGGAGGAAAAUGGAGGAGACCGAGGUGAACAAGGCACCCAGGAGCAGCUCUAAAGAUCGGCUCAGUGAGAGCUCCACUCACUCUCUGUCAGGACGAGGGUACUCGUGUGACAGCGAGAGUGACAUCGAUGACAAGGCAUCGGAUGUAGGAUCAGAGAAGUUGUUCUCGCCUACUGCACCUAAAGUUACGCCAACGAAUGAGAAUCUCGGGUCCAAAACUUCCAGCUCGACCAAAGUGUCUGGCCUUCAGCGUAGCCAGGAACAAAGUAACGACGUUUCGUUUGUCCCGCCGAUCUCAAGUCCGACUCCUGCGUCACCCCCUACGGGGUCUCCUGCCCCUGCUGCGGCGGCAGCCCCGGCACCUAUACCUCUCCCCAUCUCCCCGAACCCUCUCAGUAUCAAGAAGGAAUCUGUGCCCCCUAUCCCCUCCCCUUCCCUCCUGAGGAACCAAUUAAAUUCACUGGAGCACAGAGUCCCGCUCCCAUCGCACCACAGCCGGCCAGUCAUCAGUCAUCAUCAUCAUCCUUUGCCGUACAGCAGUCUUCACAACAUCAGCAACAACCCUUCCACUCUUCCUCCCAAACACCACCUGCAUCACUCCCCUCAUCAUCUCAGCGGCCUCCUGUCCCCUGCUCCUCCUCUUCCUCUCUCCAUCGCCGGUCUGCCUUCCUCCCACUACUCCCUUCACUCGCCUUCUCACCUCUCCAGCCAUCCGGCCAUGUUCGCCACCCCUGCUACACUGCCUCCUCCACCCACCUUACCAACCAACAGCCUUGUGGUUCCAGGACACCCUGCAGGACCACCCUAUCCAGAGCAUGAUCUUCUGCGGCAGGAGCUGAACAACCGCUUCCUGGCUCAGAGCUCAGAGCGAGGUCGGGGGUCGGCACCAGGGGCGACAGGGUCACCGUUGGCCCCUGUGUCGCUCCUCCGGGCCGAGUUUCACCAACAUCAGCAUAUGCACCAGCACCAACACACGCAUCAGCACACCUUCACGCCUUUCCCUGCCAGUCUGCCCCCAGCAGCCAUCAUUGGGCCGCCCACUGCACCUCCCAUGGUGCGUACCCCAGCCAGAAAUUUCGACAAAUACACCCCAAAGCUGGACAAUCCUUUCUUGAGACAUUCAAAUUUCUUUCCCUCCUACCCACCAACAAUGCCAGGAAUGCCUCCAUUACUUCCGCAUUCAGGGCCCUUCAGUUCACUGCAAGGAGCCUUCCAACCAAAGGCUCCAAACCCUAUCGAUGUUGCAGGACGACCAGGAACCGUCCCACACACUCUCCUUCAGAAGGACCCAAGGAUAACAGAUCCUUUUAGGACUUCAGUAAGAAAGCCAGGUAAAUGGUGUGCAGUGCAUGUUCAAAUCGCCUGGCAGAUCUACCAUCAUCAGCAGAAGAUGAAACAGAUGCACUUGGACCCUCAUAAACUGGAUAUGAAUGGAAAACUUGAUCUGUUCAGUCGUCCUCCUGCUCCAGGCGUGUUCCCUGGGUUCCCCUACCCUCAUGAUCUGGCCAGACCCCUCUUUUCAUCUACAGCAUCGGGACAUCCAGCUGCUUCACCCUAUGGACCGUCUCCUCACCACACUGCCUUCCUGCCUCCUAGCCAUUUGGCAGGUAAGUAUCCAUUCAGUCGCUCCAGUACCUUUGGCGGCCUCAGCAACCUUUCAAGCAGUGCCUUCGGUGGAUUAGGCAACCCAGCCCUCGGGGGCAACAGUGUAUUUGGACCCAAAGAGGGUCCAGGGCUGCCUGGUCUCAGUAGUCCUCAUCAUGACUCCUGGAAUCGGCUCCACCGAACACCACCUUCCUUCCCGACCCCUCCACAGUGGCCCAAAUCUGUAGAUGCAGAAAGAAGCAGCUCUGCAAACAGCCAUGAUAGAGAGAGAGAACGGGAACGGGAGCGGGAGCGGGAGAAGGAAAAAGAACGAGAGAGAGAAAAAAGGGACUCUUCUGUUGGGAAAGAAGAGAAAGAUAAAGACAGAGACUCUUCCGAUCGUAACCGCCAUUCGAACCGCUCUUCCCCAGCUUCCGCUCCAGUUAGCUACCAGAUCAGCAGCCUGAUCCGCUCAAACAGCCAGAACUCGAACGACUCCGGCAGACACCGUAGUGGUAGUGCCGACCGCAACCGUGAGCCUGAGAAAGAGAUGUUGGACCGUCAACGAGAGGCAGGCAUUUUGGGAGACAUAAAAGUGAAGGAAAGUCGUUCUCCAGGGAAGGAGAUCACAGACAGACGUUCCUCAGAUGACUCUCUCAAAUCCGUUCACCGUUCGCCCUCUCCAUACUCAAAAAAUGUCCUUAAUGAUGCAGGAAUCAAGAUGGGUAUCCCACAACCGCUACCGAUUAAAGAAAGUGAGAGGGAUAGGAAGGAUACCAGCUCAGGGGAUCUGCUACAGAAGGUGAAGAAUGACAUGAAGAUCAAGGAAGAACGCAAGGAAGAGCAGGAUGUUGUGGUGAUUGGAUCCGAAGCUGCCCCUAAACCUCAAGUCCCUCCUCCAUCUCAUCAAACCACACCAAUAGCUCAUCAUCCUGCACUGUCCCAUCAGCCUCCUCCGCCGUCUCCUCGCUGUAGUGACCCUCCAACACCGUCCUCACUUCAUGGUGUCCCCAUGCAACACUCAUUGCCGCUCACUCUGAGUGCCAUGCAUCAAAUGGGAAGUCUGAAUGCACUUGAACGCACCCGCAUGGCACCAUUUAUGGGAGUCAGCCCUCAUGCAGCAGGUCGAGACCGCCUUCCUCAUCCGGCAUUUUCCUGGGAUCCUCUAAGAGAGGCUUACCGAAACUUCGACCUUCAACGGCGCAUGGACUUCCAGCUUCGUUCCGAAUCUGGGCACCGUUUCCCUGGUGUCUAUGAUCCAGAACGGGCCUAUAGGGAUCGGGAGCCACAUGACUACUCACACCACGAACACCUCCUGGAAUUUCGGCGGGAACAGGAGAGACUGAGGCAACAAGCUGAAGAAAGGGAACGAUUGCAUUUACGGGAGGAACUGGAUCGAGCAAGGCUUCACCAACUUCACCAAUCACCCAUUGAAGGACACUUACCCCACAUGCCGCCAUUUAUGUCACACCUUGGUGGAAUGCCGUACCCAAGGCUUAGCCCUUCGACAGGUCAUAAUGGACUUCUUAACCGGACACCCCCAACUGCUGCACUAAGUGCCCCUCCUCCUCUGGUACCCUCUGGUGCUGCCAGACCGGCGUCGCCAAGACGGACUACGCCAAUCACCACCCAGGACCCUCGGGAUUACUCGCCAUCACGCAACCCAAAAGAAGUGGAGGCACGGUAACAUAGUAGAGUGGAAAAUGCCUCAUUUGAGUUGGACACAGGAAACAUGCACUUAUUUUCACACAAAGUAGAGUAAAUGAUAAAUAGGUAUGUGUAAUUUGUACAAAUAUUUGUACCUUGGAACAAGCACAGCAGCUGGCUUUUUAAACUGAUUAGAGUGGAAGAAAAGAGUUGUUAGCUCAAACUCUUGGUAGCUCCAAACCUAAGACGUGAAAACAGAAAUUUGAUAUUAAUAUAGUAAUCCAAUGCCUUUUCAGUUUUUCAUGUGAAAAGACUUUGUGAAAUUUGUUUGUACAUUUCCUAUGCAAAGACAUUUUUUAUGUAUUUGCAUUAAAGGGAUAGUUCACCUUCAGUUGCUGGUCCCCACUGACUUCCAUAGUAUGAAAGAAAAAACACUAUGCAAGUCAGUGGGAACCAGCAACUGAAGGUAAACUAUCCCUUUAAGUUUCAUUUGUUCCCUGGCCUGUAUUUAUCCUAGUGAGUUGCUGGAUAUGGACGCCUACAUAUCUGAAUUGGUAUGAGCUUUCUGUUUGACAGGUGAUUUGCUCUAUGGUACCUGGAAAUAUUCAGUGCUAACCAUGUACAAAGUUACAUUUUGGAUUUUUUUGGGUUUUUUUUUUUUUUUUUUUGCUUCAUUUUCUUUUUGAGAGAUGCAGACAAAUAUGUAUUACAAUAUACUUGUUUGGUUUAUGUAAAGUUUAAAGAUAUUGUAAAUAUCUUGUUGAUAUUAAUUGGAACGAAAUGACAUUGUACAUUUGUUAGGCUUUUUAAAUGUUUCUAAAAAACAAUGAAAUUAAACAGAACCACUUCCAGGUUGAAAACCAUGGUGAUGGAGCUGUCCAAUCAGAAAGGAGGACUUAAAUGGGAGUGCAGUUAUGGCGAUGCAAUCUAUGCAAAGAGGAUUAAGAGUGUUCUGAUUGGACGGUUGUCAAAUGGAAUUCUAAAGUGGGAACCUGGAUAACUGUUAUUCAUUUGUCCAAUGAAGAGCCAAUGAAACAAACAGCUAUAAACUUCCAGGUCAUAAAGAAUUUGCUUUAGCAGAGAACACUUCUCCAGCCACAAAACCUGGACAUCUGAGAAACAUAUUGGAAUGGUUGAGGUGACAAUAGACUCUUUCUGUCAACCUUGUGGUGUUGUGCAGUUGUUUUUCUUAGACUCUUGUAUACAAAACAAGUAGAGCUGUAGGCGUGAAAAAAUGAACAUUCAUGGUUUAAAAAUGUAUGGAAUAAAGGUUGGACCUUGUAUCUGCA